AUGGCAAAACCUAGAGGCACGACAAGCACACGCUCGAUCGACCAUGAUUCUACAACAGGAACACCACCAAACAAAAGCACGAAGUCCAAUAUCAUGGAGCGCGCGAGCCUGUUCAAACGCAUCAAGUUCUUCUUCCAAGCAUGGGCGUUGAAGACCUUGAUGGCGUCCAUGUUCAAGAUGAUGCGCCUCACGGGCGCCAGCAAGUUCAAACCACUUCUUCCUGAAUACACGAAGCGAUAUCCCGAGCGACCCAUGCUGCAGCACAGGGUGUUCCUCCCUGGGAAGCAAGCGGAGAACGGAGAGCGACCGCCUCUGUUGAUCUCGAUCCACGGUGGAGGCUUCGUGAUCUGCGACCCACAAGUCGACGACCACAUCAACCAACACUUUGCGCAAACCCACAACAUGCUGGUCAUCAGUAUCAACUACCGCCUGGCCCCAACGCACCCCUACCCAACACCCCUGCACGACAUCUCCAGCACAAUCCUCUCAAUCCUGUCCGACCCAACCCUGACACCUCUAUACAACCCCGCGCGAGUCUCUCUCAUCGGCUUCUCCGCCGGCGGCAACCUCGUGCUAUCCGUCGCGCAACUACCCUCCCUGAAGGAUAAAAUCCACUCCCUCGUCCCCUUCUACCCGGUCGUCGACUUCACCGACAAAUACAAAGGCCCUUACAUACGCACGCGCGACGGCAAACCCGACAUGCUGGAGGGCCUGGCGCCCCUGUUCAACUGGGCGUAUAUAUCGCCGGGGGUGGACCGGUCGGACAAGUUGUUGAGUCCGAUCUACGCGGACAGAGAGGAUAUUCCACAACGCGUGUUUUUCGUCGUCGCCGAGUUGGAUAUGUUGGCUUUUGAGGCCGGAAAGAUGGCGAGGUUGUUGGCUGGCGUUGACGAUGGGGAGGUGUUGCUACAGGAUGAGUGGGAGCGGAAUGGGGUUCGAUGGCGCAAAGUCAGCGAUGUCGUCCAUAGUUGGACGCAUAUUCCGUUGAAAGGGGAGGAGGAGGUCGCGAGGCUGAAGGGGUUGGAUGGCCUGUAUAAAGAUGUGGCGGAUUGGUUGAGGGAUUGA